AUGGUGGAGAUGGCGUAUAGACCUACCAUCAUCGAACCCACCACAAAUCGGAGAAAAUCCAGAUCACCACUGCGUGUUACAGAGCACCGAAAAGGAAGAGAUGUAGAGGAAGAGAAUGUGAAGAGUGAAAUCCUUAAAGAUCUAGUAUUAUGUAAUUUGAAUUUGUUUCACAGCUCGACUUCUGAGCAUGCAAAUCAUAUUUACGGUACUGGAAAUGAGUUUUCUCGUGAUUCAUAUAAUGAAACAAUAAGUGAAUUGUGCAAAGAAGGGGAUAUUUAUAGUACCAUGACAUUGCUUUCACAAAUGGAGGCUCUAAGCGUGUUUGAUGAUGAGGUGGUAUUUGUGUUGGGUCUUGAUAUGUUCAUGAAAUCUUGCAUGUCAGUUUCUAGUCAAAGGAGUACGUUACAUUGGCGGAUCCAAUUUUCUGGGUAUAGAUUUUGGAUGUCUUCGUUCCUCCUUUCUUGCAUGCUCAUCUUUGUAACCAUCAAUGGGAAAAUCUUGAGCCAAAGCAAAAAACCACCACUUCCACCUAGUCCAUUUUCCUGGCCUAUAGUCGGAAACCUUCCUAAAGUGUACGCAAACAAGCCUGUAUUCAAAUGGGUAGACGGGGUAAUGGAAAAACUGAAAACAAAUAUAGGCUGCAUCCGUCUGGGAAGGGUUCAUGUAAUAGUGGUAGUUUCACCAGAACUCUCCCGAGAAUUUCUGCAUAAACAUGAUUCUCUUUUCAUGUCAAGACCUAUAACCAUGGCUACUGAAUAUGCAAGCCAGGGAUUCUUGACAACGGGACUUUCUCCAUGGGGAGAACAGUGGAAGAAAAUGAAAAGGAUUGUCAAUCAGGAGUUGUUUAGUCCAACCAGACUUCGGUGGCUACUUAACAAGAGGAAUAAAGAAACUGAUAAUCUUGUUUACUAUAUAUUCAAACGGUGCAAUAAUCCAGAUGGAUCAGUAAUUAAUCUGAGUUUACCAAUCAAACAUUAUGGACCAAAUGUAAUCAGAAAGAUGACUUUUAGCAGAAGAUUCUUUGGGGAAGGUGGAGAAAAUGGAGGACCAGAUAUCGAUGGCCAUGAAAAUAAUGUAAGGAACUCCAUGAACGUUUUUGACAAAUACCAUGAUCCAAUCAUAGAAGCCAGAAUCAAACAAUGGGAAGAUGGUAAGAGAAAAGAAGCAGAGGACCUUCUUGACAUUAUGAUAACGCUUAAGGAUAAAAGUGGGAAGCAACUUCUGUCGAUAAAUGAGAUCAAAGCUCAAUGCAGUGAGUUCUUUUUUGGAGUAGAUGGCCCUGCGGCAGGAGCAGAAUGGGCGCUGGCAGAAAUGAUUAAUCAACCUGAGAUUCUCCAAAAGACAGUCGAGGAAAUAGACAGGGUUGAAGGGAAAGACCGAUGGAUUCAAGAAUCGGAUGUUCACCAAUUAAAUUAUUUGAAGGCAUGA